AUUUUUUCCUUGGGGUUAUUUGAUAACAGAGGUUAUUUUAUUUAAACAAACAUGAGCAGUCGCAAGUUUUUUGUCGGGGGUAAUUGGAAAAUGAAUGGGUCAAAAGGAGAAUUAGAUAAUCUAGUUAAUUUAUUGGCCAAAAAUAGUUCUGAAACUGAGGUAGUUGUUGCUCCACCAUUUGUAUUUUUAGAUUAUUUACACAACAAAAAAACUAAUUUUGGUAAUAAUAUAACUAAUUAUAUAAUAUUUUUUAUAGCUCUUAGUGGGCAGAACUGUUACAAAGAAUCUAAAGGAGCAUUUACUGGUGAAAUAAGCCCAAAGAUGUUGAAAGAUGUUGGUGCAGAUUGGGUAAUAUUAGGGCAUUCUGAACGAAGGCAUGUCUUUGGGGAAAAGGAUGAUUUGAUUGCUGAUAAGGUUGCUUUUGCUUUAAAAGAAGGGCUCAGUGUAAUAUUUUGUAUUGGAGAAAAAAUUGAGGAACGAGAAAAUAAUCUAACUGAAAAAAUAUGCUUUGGUCAGUUGGGUGCAAUUAAAGACAAAAUUAAAGAUUGGAGUAAAAUUGUUGUUGCAUAUGAACCUGUGUGGGCUAUUGGUACUGGUAAAACUGCUACUCCAGAACAAGCACAAGAAAUACAUCAAGCAUUAAGAAAAUGGUUGCAUGAUAAUAUAUCACAAGAUGCUUCAAACAAGACUAGGAUUUUAUAUGGUGGCUCAGUCACUGGUGCUAACUGUAAAGAAUUAGCAGCAAAGGCAGAUAUUGAUGGAUUUUUAGUAGGUGGGGCUUCACUCAAACCUGAAUUUGCUAAUAUAGUAAAUUCCAAAAAUUAAAUCAUGACAUUGCAAUCAUUUGACCUUAAAUUAUCAAUAAUGCAUGAUUUUUUAUUUCUAUAUGUUAAUAAAAAUCAAAAUUUUUUUAUAUUUUUAAAUUGUUAUGUUUUGAAUUAUUAUAAUCUAUAAUGUCCUGUCUUAAUAAAUAUUUUUGAUAACUAAAAAAUUAUGAAUCUUAUUUGUUUAUUUUUAUAUAUUUUAUUAUUCUAAAUCAGGGUUGCCAAGUUUCCCCCAUCAGUGGGCAACUUCCAAAUUUUUUCCACAACAUACACAGACUUUUUUACCAUAAAUCUCCCACAAUUAUAAAAUUUAUUUCACAUUUAAUUCUUAUUUUUUUUUGGCAUUUUAACAUUAAAUGAAAAAUAAUUUUUAGAAACAGUACUUGUAUAAUUUUUU